AUGUAUCCGUACCUGUUUCUAGUGUUAGUCUGGGUAAGUAGCUAUUUGGUUGUCAGCAACCCAUUUUGUAUCUUUGUCUCUUGCCUCGGUACAUAUUUGAGCGUUUUCUUUCGCAUCAAAGACAGACUCUGGCUCAACAACUCAGCCCUGCCCCUGUUCACUGCCCCGGUCACCCAAACUGAGGGAUCGGGUAGUCUCCGUCGAAAUGGGAAACGAAUACGCCACAUUCUAGAAAAAAAGAGGAAAAAAAAAACCGAAAUGAUAAACCUACCAGACACUCACACUUUGCGAGCACACUUUGCGAGUGGGAAAAGUUUUUCUGUCAUGCCCUUGAUAUCACUCACUUGA